ACAUGCCGGUCAUUAAAAUAUCAUUUCGCCUUUGGGUUUUUCCUUAUUUAAAGUCCAAAAUCUCUCAACUCACACAGCAGAAGAGAAGACGACCCAAAAAAACAAAGCGAGAGAACUCUCUAAGAGAUCCCGAAGGUUUUAAAAGGGUAAUUUGGUCAAACCAAAGAAAAGAGAAUCAUGGACGCUUUUGAUGCGAUUCCUGAUCCUGUGGUCAUCGACAUUUUGAACAAAGUCGGUGACGUCAAAACGCUGAUACGAUGUCGUUCCGUCUCGAAACGAUUCAACUCGCUAGCCACUCAGUCCGACUCGCUCCUUCUCCAAUUAGAUCAGAUCCUCGGCACCACCGAGUCCGACUCCGAGAUUGACUCUCCGAUCGCUAGCUUCUUCCGAUCUCUGUUCAAAUCUAUCCACGGAUUCCUCCCUAUCUUCUCCAGACCCGCUAACCCGGCCGAAAUCCUGACCCGCUCCCCGAAAACUCCGGCCCAAAUUCUCGCCGGAUUCAACCGGAUCCGGAAUCUGGAGGUGGAACUAUACGGCGGCGAUGUCAAGCUCGAGAAAGGCGCUGCUGUUAAGUGGAAAGCGGAGUUUGGAGAAACUCUCAAGACCUGCGUCAUCGUCGCUUUCCGCUCCGCGACGGUCAAUACUUCAGCUACGGAAUCUCCCAUCGACGGUGUUGUGGAGUCAGAUUCGGAGUUCGUCUGUGGAUUGAAGACGCGCGUGGUGUGGACGAUCAGCGCGUUGAUGGCGGCUUCGACACGCCAUUACCUGAUGAGAGAUUUGGUGAAGGAGCACAAGGAGAUGGAGAAAUUGACCGUGCGUGACAGAGAAGGAGAAGGUACGGUGGUGAUGGACGCGGCGGGGAUGAAAGAAUACAGAGAGACGGAGGCGCGUGUUGAUGAAAAAGGAUUUGAGCGCGUGCGGGAUCGUACGGUGGUUCCUAGCGUGAGGAUGAGUAUGAGACACGCGCCGUCGCUGAAGCUGAAAAGCGGGAUUUGUCUAGAAGCAGCGACGCUCGUGGUCGUAAGACCCACUGGUGUGGCUUCCGAUGACAAUGAUGCUGAGCUGGCGACGGAGGCGUUCGCCGCAGAUGGCGGCGAUUGUAUGUACGGUGAAGCGGUUACGGCGUUGCUCAAGCGUAGGAGAAAUGUAUUAGAGAUGAAUUCUUUCUAGAUUUGUUGAAAAAGGCCUAAUGGGCUUUUUGGGCUUUCGUUUGGUAGGCCUUUUAUAUGUAUAGUGUAUACAUACACUCCGUACAAAGCCAAUCCUGUACUUAUGGCGUACGACUUUCGUCAAAUUCGAAUCGAAUCUGAUUAUCACAUUAAA